UGCUUCCAAUUAUAGAAAUUUAUGGAAAUACGAUCAACGUAAAACAAUAUAAAUAAGGUUUGACUGCAACUCAAAAAUUUUUGCCGUUUUUUUUUCCUUUUUCUCAUUUACAACAAAAAAAAUGAUUUCAAAAUUUUGGGCAGAAUUAUCCAACGAUUAUGAGAAAUUUUUUGAAACAGAAAUAGGAUAUGACGUUAUUAUUUAUGCAGGAGAUGAUCAAAAUGUCAAAGAAAUUCAUGCUCAUUCAAAUAUUUUAUGUGCUAGGUCUCAAUAUUUUCGUACUGAAUUUUCUAACGAAUUGGCUGAGAAAAGAGACGGAAAAUUUAUUUUUAGAAAAUCAAACAUUUCACCACAAUUAUUUAAUAUCAUUCUUAGGUUCAUUUAUUGUGGAAAUAUUGAAUUGAAGAAUUUACAAGGCUCUGAAGUAUUAAAAUUAUUGAUAGCUGUGGAUGAACUAAAUAUCAAUACGUUAAUUUCUCAUAUUCAAGAAUUUUUGAUUGAACAUCAAACCGAAUUUUUACAACAAAAUCCAACCGGAAUUCUUGAAAUUAUUUAUCAACAUGAAGCAUUUACGGAUUUAUGGAAUUUUUGCCUUGAAAAAAUUUGUGAAGAACCUAAAAUUUUAUUCAGUUCUGAAAAUUUUAUUAAUUUAAAAGCUCCUUUAUUGGAAUUAUUAUUAAAAAAGGAUGACUUAAUUAUGGAUGAAAUUGAAAUUUGGGAGUAUUUAUUAAAAUGGUGUUUUGCUCAACAAAAUAUGCAGAAUGAUCCAACAAAAUGGAAUAAAGAUGAUAUUAUAAGAGUUGAAAGAGAAUUAUAUAGAUUUAUUCCUUUAAUUCGAUUCUAUGAUAUUGAACCUACUGAUUUUUUUUACAAAGUUUAUUGUUACAAAGACAUCUUACCACAAGAUUUAAUUCAUGAUCUUUUGGAAUAUCAUAUAGUUCCUGACAUAAAAUCAAAAGUUAAUUUACCACCUUCAAGAAAGCCAAAUUUAAAAUAUCCACUUGAUUCAACUUUAAUUAAAUCGAACCAUCUUCCUCUUUUUGCUUCGUGGAUUGAUAAAAAAGAUACUUCACAUUAUAAUAGAAAAAAUAAUCCCUAUGAUUUCAAGUUAUUAUAUCGCUCAAGUCAAGAUGGAUUUGAUACUAAAUCAUUUCACAAAAAUUGUGACAAUAAAGGAGCUACUAUUUGGAUAGCAAAAAUUAAAAAUUUAAAACAAUUAAUUGGAGGGUAUAAUCCACUUAAUUGGAAUGAAAGUCGUUCUUGGUAUGCUACAGCAGACAGUUUUAUUUUUAAUUUUAUCAAUGGAGGAAAUAUUUCUACUUCAAAAGUAAGUUAUGUUAAGAAACAAGAUCAUGCUGUUUUAUGUCAGUCUAAUUACGGUCCAUCUAUGGGUAAUAUAUACUGUCAUAAUAAUAAUUGGUCUAAUGAAGAUCAUGGCUAUGGCGAUAAUAUCUAUCCAAACAUAGGAAUUCCAAAAAAUUUUGAAGUAGAAGAUUAUGAAGUAUUUCAAGUAAUUAAAAAGUAAAUUUAAGAUGAAAUUGAAAUUAUUUUUUUAAUUAUAUCUUCUGAAAAAAUAUUUCACUACCAAUAAUCACAGUUUUCUGCGAACCUAAUAAGUAAACAACUUUAUUAAAUUAAGUUCAAGAUGCAUAAACAUAUUUAAAUUUGUUAAUAAAGUAAAUAAAUUUUAUCUUUAAUAAUAUCAUUAUGCUAACUAUUUUGUUAUUUGAAAAAAAUAUAAUAUUUUAAG